CAUUAACUGACCGACAAAGCAAUUUUAACAACCUUCUUUACUUGUCUUCCAACCUAUCACACAGCACAAUGUCCAAAAGCAUCAAGGCCUUGAGCCUUAAGGGCAAGCAAGACUGGGACACAUCGAUAUACUGCUUCUCCCGCAACAACCGCAACAACUUUAUGUGGGAAAAGGACGGUGCCGCCAAAGAAGCGCUUCGCCACUAUUUCCAAAAACAACUGACAUCGACCCCACAGUUCAAACAUUCACCUUCGCGUGUCACUAUUCAAAUGUACUACUAUGCCGACCCCAAUUUUGGCGACCUGUCGCAAUUCAAGCUUGAACCCUUGGAAAAAUUGAUCGGCGGUCUUUACCCCAACAAAUACGUCGACGUGCGCUUUAUUCGAUUGCACUAUCCUUAUUUGAAUGCCGAAAUUCUGUCUAAAUACUUGACCGCCAACGCCAACUCCAAGUCAUGGGCUCAGUUGAACCGAUCUUUUAUGCGGGGUGUGCCCUUAGUGAAGGCACCAUUACCUCACGAUAUGCCAUUUGCUGUUCAGUGGAACAAUUUGCUGCCUCAAGUAUCGAACGGUCAGUUGACGAGCGCAAUCCAGGGUGUCAAGUAUCAGGUCUCGGGUCGUUUGGGUCGACGAAAGGGAGCUGGCCGAACAAUGGUUUUCCGCAAGUCGCUCGGUACGUUCCAGUUCACGAGCCACAAAUCGUUGGUCGAUGUCGGACGACACACGUUCUCGAACAAGAACGGUAGUAUAACUGUCAAGGUGUGGAUCGCAACGGCUCUUUUUGGUGUCAAUGCAUUAGCAAAGCAAGCAAACAAAAAGAUUGUCGAUGCAGCCGCUUCUUCUGCUGCCAAGUUGUAAAAAGGGUCUUGUAAGACACUCGGGUGUCUUUAGGUUGGAGGAACAAAGCAUACAAAUAUAUAGUAUUAUAGACAAAAAAAAAGGAGAAAUAGUUAUU